CCUUUCAAUUAGUUGUUAUCAGGUCCUUACCGCUUGGGCGCGAGCUGUCGCGUACGUUCAUAUUAAAUGAAGGGAAACCUUUUGCGAUCUAUUUUUGAAGUCUUUUUUUAUUUAUGACUCGUCGCAUCAAUUAAUGCAUUUGUGAGGAGUAGCGGAGAGACCCUUGAGAAAACUUACGAAGGUAACACCAGGCACCAGUGCCGUCAACCCGCAGCCGCUCAGCUGGUAGGAGUCAAGGCCCUCGAGGAGUUUCCUCCGGAGCGACCUGGCCCCUCGCGUUCGCUCCAUCGCUCUCUCCCCGGGAUUUACAGACAUGGCGUCGCGCGCUGGGCCGCGCGGUUUCCCGCUGGAGCGCCCUGCCCGGCGCGGACGCGUUUGAUUGGCCGCGGUGAACAGGGGGGCGGGGAGGAGGAGGAGGAGGGAUACAUCUCUAUGGCCGCGGCGCUGGUGACCCGUACGAGCCCACCAUGGUGAGACGGGCCGACCCGCUGUACACGGAGUGGAUCCUGGAGGCCGUCCGGCGGAUCAAGCGGCAGAAGCAGCGGCCCUCGGAGGACCGCAUCUGCCACGCGGUGUUCGCCUGCCACGGCCUGGACCGCGCCGUCGUGCUGGAGCAGCUGGAGCUCUCCGUCCGGCACGGCGCCGUCCUCAAGGUCACCAACAAGGGCAGCGCCUCGUACAAGGACCCGGGAGUGGAGCCCGGGGGCCUCGCCGCCGGCCCCGGGAGGCCCGCGUGGGGACGGGCGGACUUCCGGCACGUGGACUGGAACGGGGUCCUGCGGCGGGCCAUCGAGGGUCUGGACGAGCCCGGCGGCUCCUCCUUGCGGAACGUCCUGCGGUUCCUGAGGAACCGGGACGACCCGGCGACCCGGGACCGGGGCGACCCGGCGGCCCCGGAUGACCUGGCGCCCCCGGACCUGGCGAGCGCGGCGGUCAGCCCGCUGUUCCAGCAGCGUCUGCGCCUGGCGGCCAAGCGCGCCGUGAACAGCGGCCGGCUGCUGAAGACCGGCCCCCUCUACAGGGUGAACUACGGCAGCGCUGCGGCAGGCAGGGCGCCCCCCAGAGGCACCGGCGCGUCACUGCCGCCCAUGACUCUGCUGCCGCACGAGAGAGACCAGCCUCGUGCCGACCCCAUCCCCAUCUGCAGCUUCUGUUUGGGCACCAGAGAGUCCAACCGAGACCAGCGUCCUGAACCACUGCUGUCCUGUGCUGACUGUGGGAGCAGUGGGCAUCCCUCGUGUCUGAAGUUCUCCCCCGACCUGGCCGGCAACGUGCAGGCCCUGCGCUGGCAGUGCAUCGAGUGCAAAACCUGCAGCUCCUGUCAGAUCCAGGGCAAGAACGCGGACGAGAUGCUGUUCUGUGACUCCUGUGAUCGGGGGUUCCACAUGGAGUGCUGUGACCCCCCCCUCGACAGAAUGCCCAAAGGGACGUGGCUGUGCCAGGUGUGCCGGCCUAAGGGCCCUCACAGGGGACUGCUGCACAGACGGGCUGCUGAGAUCAAGCGCCGGUACGCCAAGCCGCGGGGAAGACCCCGAAACACGGCCAAACCGCCGCGGGGAAGACCCCGAAACACGGCCAAACCGCCGCGGGGGAGGCCCAGGAACACCCCCAAAAGACCACGAGGGAGGCCCCGCAAGACGCCCAAUCAACAGACAGCGUGUCCUGCCAGCAAUGAGGGGUCGGUUGUAGCAGCGGCUGGAAGGCAGAAGAUUCUAGCGUGUUCCGCACCUUCCGAUAGCCAAUCAGCAUCUGCGGAUGACCUGAGGAGCCGGCCCCGCCCCCGCUGGGCGGGCGGCGCCCCCAGACGGCCCCCCGGCCCCCGAAAGUGCCCCUCCUCCCCGGCUCCUGCUUUCAACAAGAAAACCAAAGGUCUGAUCGACGGGCUGUCCAAGUUCUUCACGCCGUCGCCGGUGGGUCGAAGGUCGAGGGGCGAGGCCGAAGGGGACGACGUCCCGGCACGCUAUUGGCCGAAGAGCCGCGGCCUCCUGAAACGAGCGGGGUGCUUCAAAAUGGCCGCCGAAUCCGCCCAAACUCUCGGCCCCGUUCCCCCUCCUACCCCCGCGCUCCACGGCCCCGCCCCCACGCCCCCCUCCCCCCCGUUCGGCGCCUCCAGCCAAUCGGGUGAGCCGUGCUUCGGCGGUUUCCCCGGUAACAGCCAGCUGAAGGGCCUGUUCGACGGCCUGUCCCACAUCUUCGUCACGCAGACGCAGUCCCGCAGGAAGGGGCUGCCCAGCUACGCCCCGCCCAAACGGGGCCGCCGCCCGGCCGACCUGUCCCUGGCCCCCAAGCCCCGGCCCCCGCACCGCGAGGGCUGGCCCCUGGCCGGGCCGGGCCCCUGUGCGUGGCCCCUGGCGCGGGGCCGGCCCUUCAGCGGCACCGCGAGGUUCAAGCGCACGCCGCUGCUGCGGAAGCUGAGGGCCCUCGGCCGGCUGAAGCACCGCGCGCCCCCCCAGAGGGGCCCCCCCGGCCCCGCCUCGGGCCCCGCCGCCAGGGUCAAACCAGAGCAGGACCACGGGGACGAGGCCGAGCCGAAGCCGGAGAGCGGGGCGCUGAGGAGCGUCGCGCAGGACGGAGUGACGCCUGAAGAUGUGGAGAUGUUCAGGCAAACUCAGCAGCUGUGCACGCAGAAGAUGGGCUGUGUGAGCGGUGGAGAUUCCGGGCGGCGUCCGGCGGUGAUCGAGAUGGGGAAGCACGAGAUCCAGACGUGGUACUCCUCCCCUUACCCCCCGGAGUACUCACGAUUGGAAAGGCUCUUCCUGUGCGAGUUCUGCCUGAAGUACAUCAGGAGCCGGAACAUUCUGCACAGUCACUCCAAGAAGUGUGGCUGGUUUCACCCCCCGGCCAAUGAGAUCUACCGCAAGGACGACCUCUCCGUGUUUGAGGUGGACGGGAACGCCAGUAAAGUAUUCUGCCAGAACCUGUGCCUGUUGGCGAAGCUCUUCCUGGACCACAAGACCCUGCACUACGACGUGGACCCCUUCCUCUUCUACAUCCUGACCAGAAACGACGACCAGGGCUGCCACCUCGUGGGGUACUUCUCCAAGGAGAAACUUUGCCAGCAGAAGUACAACGUCUCCUGCAUCAUGGUCAUGCCGCAGUACCAAAGGCAGGGGUACGGCCGGUUUCUCAUCGACUUCAGUUACCUGCUCUCCAGGCGGGAGGGCCAGGCGGGCUCCCCAGAGAAGCCCCUCUCGGGUUUGGGCCGGCUGUCGUACUGGGCCUACUGGAGGAGCGUGGUGCUGGAGUACCUGCACAGGUGUGCCAGGAAGAGCGUCAGCAUCCAGGCCAUCAGCCGGGCCACGGGAAUGUGCCCCCACGACAUCACCUCCACCCUGCUGCAGCUCGACAUGGUGCACUCACAGGAGGGGAGGCUGGUGCUCGUUCGGAGGGACGGACUGAUCCGGACGCACAUGGAGAGGCUGAGGGAGAGGCCUCGUGCGCACGAGGUGGACCCCGCCCACCUGCGCUGGGCCCCGCCCACAUCCCGCAAGGCCCCGCCCACCGGGGCAGAGCUCGGAGCAGACCCUGAGGCUUGGGGCUGGGAGAUCCACUCCCCCCCUCCGGUCUCUGGGCGCCCCCCCCUGUCUGUGGGCCGCUGCGGGAGCUCGUACCGCCGCUCCCUGAUUCGCUGUCCCGCGGUCUCCCACGGUUACGCUCACAGCAGCGAGGAGAGCAGCGCAGAGGAGGGCGGGGUCUGUGCUGGCUCCGCCCCCACGCCAACCAAGUCCCCGGGCAUCAGGAGAAAGCGGUCGCCCGUUCUGAAGCGGAAGCGGGGUCGGAAACGGAAGAGGAUCAACAGCAGCGUCACCACGGAGACCAUCUCCGAGACCACGGAGGUGCUGGACGAGCCCUUCGAGAACUCCGACGACGAGAUGCCGGCGUUCCCGCUGAAGGACGGUCACGGAACGUUCCGGCGGGCGGCCAAGCGCCGCAGGGCCGCCAGUAACCAAAACACUGACAAUCACAAACACCUCGACUAUCCAAAUGACGCUGAACAUGCAAUCAAAGGCUCCAGUGGGGGCCGGGGGAGGCCGGGCGGCCCCCACCCUCCCAAACGGAAGAAGGGCUGGCCGAAAGGCCUGAAGCGCGGCCCCCCCAAGUGGAGGCUGAAGGAGCGCAGGGCGGGGUUCAGGCUGAACCUGUACACCCCCCCGGAGACCCCCAUGGAGCCCGACCGCCACAGCCUGUGCCAGGGGCCCCCGGAGGCCUGGGAACGGUCCCCCGCCGUCCCCGACGUGGCCCCCGAGCCAGGCAAGCCGUCCUCCCCGCUCCCGGACCCCAAACCGGACUCCCCGCUCGACCCGUUCGGCCAGGACGAUGUGCUGGACGCCCCCGGAACGGAUGAGGAGGAGGAGGAGGAGGAGGAGGAUGACGACGGUGACGGUGACAAUGAUCAUCUUCAGGAUGAAGAGCGGAAAGCUGAAGAGAAGCAGGUGUGCAGCGUGCGAGCAGCCGAGCGAGAGGAAGAGGAGGAGGAAGAGGAGGAGGAGCCCACCCACAAUGAGGACCAUGACGCGGACGAUGAAGAUGACGGCCGUGCCCUGGCGCCCGAGGCCGAUGCCGCGAACGCUCCGGAAACUUCCGAGGACCUGCCUCCCGAGCUUCCCCCUCCUCCCUCGCAGGACGCGGAUGCCAGUGUCGUGGAGGGUAACCGGGACGACCAGGCCGCGCCCGAUGGCGGUCAAGCCACGCCGUACUCCGCUCCGAUUCCCUCCACUCCGACUCCCACCGGCUCCGAGUCUCCCCGGCACCCGGAGGACUCGGAGUCUGAGGAAGAGUGCGGUCGCGAGGAGGAGGAGGAGGAGGGACGCGCAGAGUCCCCGGCGAGGCAGGACCGGGUCGCGUGUGCGGAGGUCGACCCGGAGACGGCGCGGGCCGUUCAGUCGCUCACGGGCGAGGCGGAGCAGGAGGGCGCGUUCCCGGACUGCGCGGAGGCCUGCCGGGGCCUGGCGGGGUACCCCCGUCCCGAGCAGAGCCCCCCGGCCGGCCCCGCGGACGAGGGCCUCCCGUCCGAGCACAGCAGCCCCGUGUCGUCGGUGCAGUCCCACCCCGGCCAGUCGGUGCGCUCCGUCAGCAGCCUGGAGAGUGGCUACGCGCAGAUCAGCCCCGCCCACAGCACCGUGUCCGCGCCCUCGCUGCAGAACCUGGAGGCCAGCCCCAUGAUGGACGUGCCGUCCGUCUCCGACCACUCGCAGCAGGUGGCGGACAGCGGCUUCAGCGACCUGGGCAGCAUCGAGAGCACCACGGAGAACUACGAGAACCCCAGCAGCUACGACUCCACGCUGGGCGCCGGCUCCGCCCAGAACAGCUGCUCCUACGGCGGCCUGUCGCAGAGCAGCUGCGCCGUCACCCAGCAGCUGGCCGAACGCGCCGGCGUGGGCGGGGCCUACGGCAUGAGCUCUCCGCAGGGCUGCGUGUCGGAGCGGCCGCCCAGCGGCCCCCAGACGCUCUCCCACUUCACCCUGCCCCCGGCGCCGCACGUUCAGCUGCCCGACAUGGCCGAGGCGAUCGCCCUGGGGCUGUACGAUCGCUCGGGCAAGGGCGAAUACGGCGCCGGCCAUUACGCCCAACCCUCGGCUACCUUCAGCCUGGCCAAGCUGCAGCAGCUCACCAACGGCCUGAUGGACCCCCACAUCCUGCCUUUCGGCCACUCUGGCCCCCACCACAUCGCCUCCUACCCCAACAGCGCCGCCCCUCUACCCCCACCACUGACGAACGCCGGCCUCCUGUCCCAGGGCCCGCCCUCUCGGCAUGCCGCUCACCAAGCGCACGCCCCCACCAUGACCCCGCCCCCGAAUCUGACUCCUCCGCCCGCCAUGCUGCAGCGCGGCGUGGUGAUGCCCAACUCCAGCGUUCCGCCGUCCCCCCAGAGACUGCAGAGCCACGCCCCGGUACGCGCCAAGUCCGCCCCGCUGCCCCCGAACCAUCACCUUCAUCAUCACCACCACCACCACCAUCAUCUCCAGCAGCAGCAGCAGCAGCAGCAGCAGCAGCAGGUCUACAGUCGAGCGCCGCAUGCGGUUGCCAUGCAAGCCCACGGGCGGACGCUCAACGUGCAGGGGGCCGAGAGGUCCCUGGUGAUGCAGGCCCCCAGCAGGGCACUGACCAUGCAAGCGUCCGAGAGGACCCUUGCGAUGCAAGCGCCCAAAAGAACUCCCGCUUUUCAGGCACCUGACCGGACACUAUCCUUGCAGGGACCCGAAAGGUCUCUAUCCUUACAGGCACCCGAAAGGUCUUUGUCCUUACAGGCACCCGAAAGGUCUUUGUCCUUACAGGCACCCGAAAGGUCUCUAUCGUUGCAGGGCCCAGAAAGGUCUCUAUCGUUACAGGGCCCAGAAAGGACACUAUCCUUACAGGCACCCGAAAGGACACUAUCCUUGCAGGGCCCAGAAAGGUCUCUAUCGUUGCAAGGGCCGGAAAGGACACUAUCCUUGCAGGGCCCAGAAAGGUCUCUAUCGUUGCAAGGACCGGAAAGGACUCUGGCCUUGCAGGGACCCGGUCAGACGAUUACCUUGCAGACAUCCGAGAGGGCACUUGCUAUGCAGGCACGUACCAGGGCACUCGCGUUACAAGGACACGGCAGGACGCUUGCGAUGCAAGGCCCCGAUAGGACACUUGCCUUACAGUCUCCAGGCAGGACACUCGCUAUGCAGGCGUCUAGCAGGACGCUCGCAAUGCAAUGCCGUGAAAGGACCCUGGCUUUGCAGUCGCCGGGGAGGACGCUGGCUAUGCAGGCAUCGAGCAGGACACUCGCGAUGCAAGGCCCCGACAGGACCCUGACCUUACAGUCUCCGGACAGGACACUCGCUAUGCAGGCAUCUAGCAGGACGCUCGCGAUGCAAGGCCCCGAGAGGACACUGGCCUUACAGUCGCCGGGGAGGACGCUGGCUAUGCAGGCGUCUAGCAGGACGCUGGCGAUGCAAGGCCCCGACAGGACCCUGACCCUGCAGACGCCGGGCCGGGCGAUCGCCAUGCCGCGCAUGAACAUGGGCGUCAACCUCAUGCCGGCGCCGGCCUACAACGUCAACUCCCUGAACGUGGCGCCGCUCAACGCCAUGAACGGCUACCGCGUGGCGCAGCCCAUGAUGAACGGCGGCUACCACGGCAACCACGCCGCCUACAUGAACCAGCCGCCGCAGUACUCUAUGCAGAUGGGCAUGAUGGGCUCGCAGGCGUACUCCCAGCAGCCACUGCAGGCCCCGCCGCACGGCAACAUGAUGUACGCCCCCGCGGGUCGCCACGGCUACAUGAACGGCAGCGUGCCCAAGCCGCCCUUAAACCCGUCCUUCAUGAGACCCUGAGUCCGCAGUCUCCUCCUCCUCCUCCCUGUGCAUUUUCUUCAAAAAGUGCGUGUUGUUUUUGAAAUGCACUUUACCCCCCCUGGAUUACAUUUAUUUUCUUUUAUUUUUAUUUUUAUUUUCCUGAAAAACCAGCACUUGGUAAGGAUGCAAAAAAAAAAAGAAAGAAAAAGAAAAAAAAAGAAAGAAAAAUCUGAAUUCUGAGCUUUUUAUUUUAUUUUUUAUUUCCUAUUGGUAGGAAAGCCUUACAUCGUUAAAAAUGAAAACGUAUCGGAUUAGCGAUAAUCUCCUUUCGACGAGUGCAGUACAUGACACCAAACUGCCAAUGGAGUCGGCUUCAGCAAGUGGAACCGCGCGCUGAAGCUAAAUAAUGUGCCUGCUACAAAUGCAUUAUUGGAUAUUAGAGCCUUUUACAUGUACCUGUACGGCAGUCAUGGCAUUUAGUUUUCUUCUAUACUCAUGCCUUUAUAUAUUUAAAUUAUUGUACAUUAAUUUUUUUAAUGUAAAGUGACACUUAGCAUGCUGCGAUGUCUUUGUUAGUGACAGUGCAUCAGAAGAGUACUGUACAAGUGUUGUGCUUCAUAGCAAAGCCAUUUUUUAAAUGUAUCGCCUUCUUAGGUUUUCCCUGUAAAGGGGGAGAAAAAUUAAACUAUAUUUUUGUUAAUUCUAAUGCUGUAAAAAAAAAAAAAUACAAUUGUAAACUUUGUCCCAUUUCAGUUGUUAAGCUUCAAAGGUUUUAUUGCUAAAUGUGUAUAAUUCAUGACUUUUUGUAACAAAUUUCCUUAAACGAGGCAGCUUUCUGUUUUAUAAUGCAAACUGAUUUCUGUCUAAAUAUUAAAGCAUAUCUCAAUGUUUGUAUGCGUACGAUUCUAAAACAUUUCAGAGAUCUUGUGGCAGAAAUAAAAAAAAAUAUAUGAACAUAAA